AAAAAGUGGAGCACCGAUUGAUCCGUUCGUUACGGUUGUUCUUGAAAUUUAGGCACAGAAAAGAUCAGAAAAGAUGUCGGCGGCGUUCAAGCAGGCAAAGAAAAAGUAUUCGCAGCAGGAGCUUCGUCGUAUCAUGAGCGAAACGAAGGCCAAGCAGCUCCAGCAACCGGUCGACGGCAACACAAAACGGAUCGAUUCACCGCUAGCCAAGUACAACGAUGCAGGUCAGCUGUUAUGCGUGCUCUGCCGAUCGGUGGUACGAUCGGAAGCGGUCUGGAAAGUGCAUAUUAACUCCAAGCAACACAAAGAGAAUAUUGAAUUGGCGAAACAGCUGAAAAAUCCUCAACCACCGCCACAGCCAAGGAAAUCGUCAGCAGCGGCUCCUUCGGUUUCCGGUAACAACGAUGUUACAGUGCCCCAGAAACGGUCCGCCACAGCAGGAUCCAACCCCGACGAUGUAGCACCACCGAAGAAACUCAAAGGAAUUUUGAAAACAUCGGCAACACGUGAACCGGAACAGAAUGGCCCAUUGCCGGAGGACUUUUUUGACACCGCAAACGCUCCGUCUAACAUAAGAAAGGAACUCGUCAACAUACGGUUACCCGAGAGGAACCGAGAACAAAAGGGGGAGCCCAUGGAACAGGAUACUGCAGAAAUGGAAGCUGCUGGUGCUGUGCCACCGGCCGAUGACGAGGCACUGCCGGAAGGGUUUUUCGAUGAUCCCAAAAUGGAUGCCAAGGCACGUAACCAGGAGUACAAGGAUCCGAACGAUGAAGAGUGGGAUAAGUUUCAGAAGGAAAUCAAAGAGGCAACCAACGUGUCCAUGGCAAUCAUAAGCGAAGAGCAGGAAGAAUCGACGGCCGAGCGGCAAAUUGCGGAAAUAGACGAACAGAUUCGCAACUGGUCGCGUGUGCUCGAUCUGGAGAAGCAAAAAGAACGCGUCAAAGCGGUCAAGGGCGGUGUAGGACAGCGUGUCACGAGGGCAAACGGUAACAUGAACGGUGCCAGCGAAUUAUCUCUCCGGAACUCCUCUGCACCGCGCGUCAAUGAGGCAGAGGCCGACGAGGAUGAUGACGAUGAUGAAGAGUUUGACGAAUUUCUGGAUUGGAGAUCGAAGAAAUCGUACAAAUAAACGUUCUAGCUGUAUGCGGCUAUGUUGAGUCCAAA